AAUUUUCCAUCACCAACUGGUAGUUGGUGAAGGUCAGAACUGGCAGAAAGAUAUUUGGGGCAGUCAUUAGGUUACCAAGAAGAUGGGAAGCAAAGACAAAGCUCAUCUGCCUUUUCCUAACACAACCAUGUAUUCUUUUAUUUCCCUAAAUUUUUACACAUUUAUAUGAAACUUGUAAUUUCAUCUCCACACAAAAAAUGAUGAGUUUAUCAAAGAGAAUUCCAAUGCUUGUGCUGAGGCUUGUAGCCUUGGGAGCAAGUGUUAGUGCUAUAGUGAUAAUGGUGAGCAGCCAUGACUCUGCUCAGCUCUUCAGUAUGAAGUUCGACGCCAAAUACUCCCACACCCCAACCUUCAAAUACUUUGUGUUGGUGAAUGGUAUUGCAAGUGGCUACACAUUCAUACUGCUGUUUUUCCCUUCCAAGAGUUCGUGCGCCCACAUCAUCUUGCUUCUUGAUCUCAUGAUGGCGUUGGUGCUGGAUUCAAGCAUAUCGGCGUGCGUGGCAAUAGGGCAAGUGGGGAAGAAAGGCAACAGUCAUGCAGGUUGGCUGCCUAUCUGUGGACAAGUUCCUAAGUUCUGUGAUCAUGUUACAGGAGCCAUAGCGGCCGGUUUUAUUGCCGCCAUAGCCUAUUUCCUCGUCCUUCUCUACUCACUCCACAACGUCAUGAAUCUCUUCGCCCUCAGGGCUUAGACGAGCUCAUGCUCAGCUUUUCUGCAGUUUCUUUCGCUUGUGCAACUAAGAACAGGGAGAGGAAGAUGUAGUAGUUUCUUUGUUUAUUUCUCACAGAUUUUUGUCAAUAUCUCAUUUUAGCUUUCAUUAUAUUAAUUCAAUUUCAUAACUUUCACAAUGUAGCAAUACUUAGUACAUAUUACAAGCCAUAUUAUAUUACAAUCA